CAUCUCUACUCUGAAUAAUAAUAAAAUUCAAAAUCCAUCAGCAUCAUCUGCCCGAAGUGCUUCUUGGUGUGCUGAAGUAAGUGCCGAGCAAAUGCAAAAAAUGAAAAUUAGCGGAGGAAAUAGUUCUCAAGAGGAGGAAGGAUUGACAAUAUUAAAUAAUAAUUCAAGAGUUUCUUGGAGUGUUUCAAGCAUUGAUGGCGUCACUGAAAUAUUUUAUACACCAAAAACUAUUCGGAAUAAUUCUCCAAAAUUUGAAGGAGACGAAAUUGAUCAACAAACUAUUCCCGGGCCAGCAUUAACAGCGAUUAAAUUACUUUUGGAUUCUACUGCAACGGCUGGAGAUGAACAUGUAAUUGUAGAUAAAGAUACAAUUCCAACAUCUACCCAAUUAUUAUAUGCUCGCCAUUCAUUUUCUAAUUUUGUGACUGAUGAGAAGACUAAAAUAGGUGAAGAACAAAGAAAUGCAGCUUUUGAUGUUUCUCAAAAACUUUUGGGUGUAGCACAAACAGAUGCUUCUUCUACAAAUGACAAAUCAUCCCCUUCACAAAUAAGGCGCCUCUCGGCACUUUAA